CCACGUGGUAUGAGGUGCUCAGCUGACUGCCGGGGGAGGAAGAGGAAAGAAGAUGGAAGGGAACAGAGACGAAGCAGAAAAAUGUAUAAAUAUAGCAACAAAAGCUCUCGAAGCCGGUGAUAAGGAGAAAGCGUUAAAGUUUCUCAACAAAGCAGAGAAGCUGUAUCCAACUAUCAAAGCCAAAGCUUUGUUGGAUGUUUUAAUGAAGAAUGGGAGCUCAGCAGGUAAUGGCACAUAUCGCAGGAGAGCAGCGGAAAACUCAGAAACCAAUGGUACUCAGUCAGAACGAGAGAACCCAGGAUCUGGAGUAGGUGACCCGCCUAAAAGCUUCACCAAAGAGCAGGUUGAAGGCGUGCAAAGAAUAAAGCGGUGUAAAGACUACUACGAAGUGCUUGGUGUCAACAAAGAAGCCGGUGAUGAUGAGCUUAAAAAAGCCUACAGGAAACUAGCGCUCAAAUUUCAUCCAGACAAAAACCAUGCACCUGGAGCAACAGAGGCCUUUAAAAAGAUUGGCAAUGCAUAUGCAGUACUCAGCAACGCAGACAAACGACGGCAGUAUGACUUGACAGGAGGAGAGGAGCCGAGCAGCCCAAGUCACUCACAUGGCGCAGGCUUCGACUUCCACAGGGGCUUCGAGGCUGACAUCACUCCUGAGGACCUCUUUAACAUGUUCUUUGGAGGCGGCUUCCCAUCCUCCAAUGCCCACACUUUCACCAACGGCAGGACAAGUUACAGCCAUCAAACGGAUUACAGGCAAGAGAGGACAGAAGAACGAGGAGAUGUACUUUUGAAACAAAAUGUGUCACCAUAUGUGGAAAUUGCUGCUGUUGUUAAGAAUUUUUUACCUAAGCUUGUGCCUCCCAUCUCCUCCAGGUCAACAGGUCAGACCAUAAAGAGGCAAACAGAAAACCUGCAUGUUGACUACUACGUCACCAGAGAUUUCAAGUCAGAGUUUAAGGGCUCAGCACUGCAGCAAAUUGAGAAAAAUGUAGAGGAGGACUAUGUAUCAAAUGUCAGAAAUAAUUGUUGGAAGGAGAGACAGACGAAAACAGACCUGCUUUACGCCGCUAAGGUAUACCGGGAUGAGCGAAUGCGCAAGAAGGCAGAACUCAUGACCAUGGAUAACUGCAGGGAGUUGGACAGACUAAAUAACCUCUUCAGAGGUGGAUGAAAUGGAUGCUUUUAGGUCUUGUAAAUCUGUAUGAAUAGAUAUGUAUGUUCAUUUUUUUUAUGAAGAUUCUUCAAACUUUAGGGCACUUGAAGAUAUAAUUUAGCUCUAUUGUUGUGCUUUUCUCCCCCUCCUACUCUCAUCCUCCUCCUAACCUUUCUUUUUCCUCAUUCCACAUUCCACUUUGGCCCUUGGAAUCGCCUUAUGUUGUAAUUGACCAAUCUACACACAAUAUAGAACGUCUCAGAUGUUUUUCUUUAAAAAAAAAACAAACAAACAAACAAAGAAAAAAACAACUCUUAUUUAAGUGUGUUUUCCUUACAAUGGGAAAGAAAAGGACACUUGAUUGUAAAAGGCAUGUGCGCUUUGAGUAGUGACAACCUGAGAGGCAUUCUGCACAAGCAAAUUAAUGUUGUUAGACCAACAAGCUGCUUCUGGCAUCAUCUGCUUGUCAUAAACAUCAAAUGGGAAACAAUAAGUUCACCUGGAAGUGUUGUCCCCACACACAAAUCCGUUUCUUCAAGAAUCACAUUUAAGAAAAAAAAGAGGGAGAGCGAAUGCUUGUCUUGGCUCCUUACUCACCUCCACCUGUGGAUGAAGAUCCCUGGAUCAUGAAGAGUCAUCACUGACUUUGCUACUAGAAAACAUUUUAUAUCGUCCAGUCUAAUAUGUGACUUUGGUUGGAACUAAAGAUGAACGGACAGUGAAACUGUUACUCAUAACUGGUUGUACAUUUUCAUUUUUGAAUGUUUAAAGUUUAUGCAGUUAUUUAAGUAACUAUAGAAGGAAAAGGAUUUUUCUUCAAUGCUCGCCUGAUCAUUUAAAUAAAAUCAAAUUAUUAACAUA